AUUCAAGUCAUCGAUAUGAGUAUGCCUACCAUCUAAGGCCAUAAUGAUGCUACAACUCAGAAAUGGCUCAGCCGGACACGCUGAGUCUAAUUUCGCAAGGAUCGAGUCGCCGGCAGCUUGCAGCUGGACCGUUUGUACUCACUGUUUGCAAGGAUAGCUGAUAGAAUGCCCUCCCACUCCUUUGCACUCUCGGUUUACAUUGACACUUCUCAUCAGUUCUACAGUACUUCUACAAAGAAGACUUGCCACCAUGGCUCUUCCGCCAUCUCCUGACCUCUCCGACACAGGCUUAGACUCAUCAGGCUCAUUAGAAUCAUCGGGCUUUCAGGCUCUCGAAGGAUCCCGGUCUACGGUCCCUCGUUAUCUCUUCAGAUGCUAUUCGCCCUCUUCGGGCAGUAUAUGCUCAGUCAAGCGAAUCAGGCCCAGAACUCCGCCCACAGCUUUUGGGCCGCAUACUCGCGACAUAGUGGAAUGCCAUCUCCGAUGGGGAAGACAGAUAGAAUCUAAGUUCGUGUCUUGGACCAACUCGAUCCUGGUGGCUCUGGUGUAUGCUAUCAGGAAGCUUGAGAGCGACCACUACAAGGACGCAAAGAAGGAGGGCAUUUGUAUAGCUGUGCUCGAUGUCAGCACUGUACCCAAGACGACUCCGAUAUAUCCAGCAAAUGCUCUUAUGGAGGCCUUCGAUCUACCUUACGAUACACCCUACAAGCAGUACAACCACUCUUGGGAGUUUCUGGUGCAUGGAAAAGUCAAGAACACACCUUCCAAUCAAAGAUUCAGCGUCCUCGCCAUCGAAGAGUUCAUAGCUGAUGGCCUUUUUUCUAUUUUCAAACCUUUCCAGGAUCCUGAAAGCAGACUAUAUGCUCGAAUGAACCACGUGCGCGAGGAGUUGAGGCUGCAGAGCGUGGUUCUAGAUGCCGAUAUUCAUGCCAUCGCAUACAUGGCCACCAGCUAUCAUAUUGAAUUCGCGCUUCCUGUUGCUUCGGCGCUCACGGCGAUGUUGCCCGUAGACACUCGUCUCCCGGCGAACAUCAAAGUGUUGUCCGAGUGUCAUUUCAAAGGUUUGCGUGUUCCAUACUCCUACCUCACCCAGCCUCAACAUUCCCUCAAUGGGCCAGAGGACAAUGAAGUGAGCCGGUUUCACAGGCUGAUGUUGAGUGUUUGCGAUCUGAGAAUUGACGAAGAGAGGGCACUGCAAGGACGCUGAGGUUUCGCCGGAGUUCUCAUCCUCUGCGAAUUCACCGGAUUCUUACUUCCAGGGCAGGGCUUCACUUUGUCACUGCAUCAAGGGAGAAGCGCGUCAAGACAACGCGGGUGAACCACAUGACGGUCUCGAGGCUCCAAGAGGGUUGACUGCCUGACAAACUAGAAAUUACGAUUGUCGAAGUC